GCCUCCCCAAGAUAGUCCAGAGUCCCUUCGCUCCUCUCUCACUCUCUCUCCUUCUCUCUCAAGCACCGCUUGGCUCCUCUCGGAAGCUGUCAGUCUGCUAUUGCAACUCCCGCCUUCGUCCAUUCCGGAGCCCUAAGAAGCCGAAGCCGAUCGUCUCCGAUCAAUGGCGGUCCCCUCUGAUAGCGUUGCUUCGAAACCCUCGCUUGAAGGUGAUGGGGAUUAUUCAAGUGAUAGUUCUUGCCAAGAGGUCAAGAAGCGCUCAUGGAAUGAGGACUCCGACGAAGAUGCCUAUGUGCCCGAUUCUGAUGAAGUAAUAAGCAUAGGCAGUGACAGCGGUGAAGAUGAAAAGCCGAACAGGUAUUUGGCAAGAACCCCUCUCCCCGUUAUUGACGAAGCAAACCUUCAGAAUAGUGAGCUGGAGGUAGUGACUGCAGGAGGAACCAUGGAUGGGGCCAAUGAGAUUAUCCAAAUGCCCCAUGAGCUGAGGCUUGAAUUAGAAAUUGGCAGAACUAGUGGUUAUAAUAGGAGAAGAAGAAAUGGCAGGAAGAAGAAUAAGGGGCCACCAUUAAUGUGGGAGAUCUGGGAACAGGAGCAUGAAAGAUGGAUUGAUGAAAACUCGACGGAUGAUGUUAAUUUGGAUAAUCAGAAUGAAGUAGUCAAUGAGACUGCCGAACCAUCCUCAGAUUUGAUUAUUCCUUUACUUAGGUAUCAAAAGGAAUGGUUGGCUUGGGCUCUGAAACAGGAAGAGUCUCCAACCAAGGGAGGAAUUCUUGCAGAUGAAAUGGGGAUGGGAAAGACUGUUCAAGCCAUUGCUCUUGUCCUUGCUAAACGUGCGCUUCAUCAAAGUAUUGGUUCUGGGCUGAAUUCACCCUCAACUUCAGUAGGUCCAUCCACAGGCUUGUGUGGAGUUAGAGCGACUCUUGUCAUAUGUCCAGUAGUUGCCGUGAGUCAAUGGGUUGGUGAAAUUGACCGUUUCACUUCAAAAGGAAGCACACGGGUACUAGUGUAUCAUGGAAACAAUAGGAGCAGGAAAGUUGAACAGUUCAAUAAAUAUGAUUUUGUUAUUACGACAUAUUCUCUGGCGGAGGCUGAGUAUAGGAAAUAUAUAAUGCCACCAAGGAAAAAAUGCCGGUAUUGUGGAAGGUUGCUUCAGAAGGAAAAACUGUCAAUUCACCUCAAGUAUUUCUGUGGACCCAAUGCUUUCAAAACAACGAAGCAGUCCAAGCAGCAGAAGAAAAAGAACUUCGGUUCGAAAAAUAAAGAAUUAGACUCUGCAAUAGAUAAUAUUAGCGACUUUGAAGAUGAGCAAAGUGCUCAUGGGAAAUCCCCUUUACACUCCGUGCGGUGGAACCGCAUAAUAUUGGAUGAAGCUCACUUUGUCAAAGACAGGCGCUGUAAUACUGCAAAAGCAGUUCUUGCUUUAGAUUCCUUGUAUAAAUGGGCUCUAAGUGGAACUCCCCUUCAAAAUCGCGUUGGAGAGCUUUAUUCUCUUAUUCGAUUUUUACAAAUAAUCCCCUACUCCUACUACUUAUGCAAUGACUGUGACUGCAGAACACUUGAUUAUAGUUCUUCCAAACAAUGUCCUGACUGCCCACAUAGUACUGUGAGACACUUUUGUUGGUGGAAUAGAUAUGUGGCUAAUCCAAUACAAUCAAGUGGAAAUGCUUAUGAGGGAAAAAGAGCAAUGAUAUUGCUGAAACACAAGAUCUUGAGAAGCAUAUUACUGAGACGCACAAAGAGGGGCAGGGCUGCAGAUCUUGCACUUCCUCCACGGAUUGUCACAUUGAGGCGGGAUACACUAGAUAUUAGAGAAGAAGAUUAUUAUGUAUCAUUGUAUAAUGAGAGCCAGUCACAGUUUAAUACAUAUGUUCAGGCAGGAACAGUGAUGAACAACUAUGCUCAUAUAUUUGACCUCCUUACGCGCUUGCGGCAGGCAGUCGAUCAUCCUUAUCUCGUAGUUUAUUCAGCAACUGCUGCCCUGAGAAGUGAGAAUAGUGUUAUCACUGAGAAUGGUGAACAAGUAUGUGGCAUUUGCCAUGAUCCUGUUGAAGAUCCUGUGGUCACCUCUUGUAUGCAUUCAUUCUGUAAAACUUGCUUGAUUGAUUUCUCCGCAUCUGUGGGGCAAGUUUCUUGCCCUCAAUGUUCUAAACCUAUUACAGUGGAUUUGAGUACAAGAUCAGAUGUUGAAGAUCAGCCCAAGAAAACAACUAUCAGGGGAUUUAAAGCCUCAAGUAUUCUAAACAGGAUACGGCUCGAUGAGUUCCAAACAAGCACAAAAAUAGAGGCUUUGAGGGAAGAAAUCAUGUUCAUGAUUGAAAGGGAUGGUUCUGCGAAAGGAAUUGUCUUCAGCCAGUUCACAUCAUUUCUGGAUCUCAUCAACUACUCCCUGCAAAAGUCGAGCAUCAGCUGUGUUCAACUGGUGGGAGACAUGUCAAUAUCCGCAAGAGAUGCAUCCAUCAAGAAAUUUACGGAGGACCCCGAUUGCAAGAUCUUCCUUGUAAGCCUGAAAGCUGGAGGAGUGGCUCUAAAUCUUACGGUCGCAUCACAUGUCUUUGUGAUGGACCCAUGGUGGAACCCAGCAGUGGAGCGGCAAGCCCAGGAUAGAAUACACCGAAUAGGACAGUACAAACCAAUCAGGAUUGUGAGGUUUGUCAUUGAGAACACUAUCGAAGAAAGGAUUCUGAAGUUGCAGGAAAAGAAGGAACUAGUCUUUGAAGGGACUGUUGGAGGUUCAUCAGAGGCUUUGGGAAAGUUAACAGAAGCGGACCUGAGGUUCCUAUUUGUCACCUAAUAAUUGUUCGUUUCAGGCAACUCAGUUAUUUUUGGUGAAAGAAUAUUUCUGCUCCCGAUCUGAAGCUCGUCUCGUUUUGUUCUGUAAAUUUGAAUCGAUCUUGUCGGGCAGAAGCUACUGAUGCAUAAGAUAACUUAUCCUGUGCAGUGGAUCUGUCAGAACUGAAACAUUAGUUCUAGCAGUAACAAACUAUGGCUUUGUUUAGGCCGACCCCUUGACAUGGAGGCAAAGUCUGGGGGCUCUGGGUUGGGUUGGCGUAGUGUGGGAAAGAAAAUUAACGGGACUGAGUCGCCGACUAUAUGUGCUCAUUUGGAGCUUCGAUGACUAUGCACAACAAUGCCGGACAAUUACGAAUUCUGACUUUGGUUUUCAACAACCCAAGAGGCAGGCAUCGGGGCUGGGUUGUUGGUUUGUCAUCUCUUUGCUACAAAAAGAAUUUUGAUCGCGGUAGUUGGUCAAAUAACUCUUAGGGUCAAGUUGCUUUUUUUCUGUGCAUCAACUCCCAAUUCCACAUAUCUGGAUUAAGUUAGUAUUUUGCUACCGUGAGAAUUGAUUUUGUAACGCGGUAUCUGAAGUUUCACUACCGUUAGAAUCGGAGAUGACAUUCCCAAUUCAACAGUGACAUGGCCCAUAGAAACUUUUGCGCAUAUGCAAAAUAUUUCCUUUAACCCAAGCAAAGAAUAUUUCCAAAUUCCGUCUCGACGGACCUUUUCCUCUCACCAAUUCAGGUCGUUGCGGGAUUAUAUCGGAGUAUUACCUGCUGAUGUAGGCUUCGAGUUGAGACUUUUUAUUUAUUUAUUUAUUUAUUUUGUCGGUGGUUUUGAGUUGUUACUUGUUAUGGCUGUUAUAUUUUGAUUAUGAAUGAUCAAUCUUUUUGAGUAUCGUGAUGAUAUGAAAUAAACGGAGAUGGUUUUC